AUGGACCUGCAGUUGACGAGCGUCGGAGCGGCGGAGCGCAGGGCCCCUAUGGCAGGGAGUGGGAUCCGUACCAAUGGCGCACUGGGCAGCCUGAGUUCGAUCCGCAGUGGAAUGACUGGGAUGCCCGUCAGGAGUCAAGACCAUGGUCUUACUCCACCCCCCUUGGCCGCGUGGGCACCUCAGGAAGAUCCCAAGGAGUUGAGGUUGAAAGUGGUGGCCUCCAAGUUGGAGACAGAUGUCCAGGAGGGCCUUCUAGAGCUGCAGCGCGCCCGUGACGAUGGAUGUCCGGCCCCUCCUGCCCUAGUGGCCAAGGCGCUGGAGCUGGCCGCAGCUGCGGGUCAUGUUUGCCUGGUUGAAGCUGUGGAAGGGCUCUUUCUGGACGAAGCCCGGACGUUCGAGCUGGACAUCCCAAACUUCGCUGCCAUGAUCGAAAAGCUGGUCUUGGACCCCUUCUCCUACAAGCCAGCCACUGUUCGGCUGCUGCUCAACUUGGCCUUGUCGCAGGAGAGCCCCAUUGUGCCAUUAGUGCCCGAGUCCUUGACCGAAGCUGAAGCACGCGAAACUUUGUUGGGAGAUGCACAGCCACGCCACGAAGAAAAGGAUGUUCUGAAAGAAGAAGGUGAGGAGGAAGAAGAAGAGACAGAGGAGGCGGAGGAGGAUGCCGGAGGUGCAGAGUGGCCUGAGGAGUUGGUGUUUCGGGGCUGCGAAGCCUGGCCGGAGCUGAACGGCACCUUUUUGCGGACGCGUGACUUCGACCAACUGAGCCCGCACGAGCGGCCGAUCUACCAGCGCCGAGUCACGAGCGCCGAUGGCAAAGAGCUCCGGGUGCUGUGCUUCUUCUGGGACUUUGGGGCCCAAAGUGGCCCAAAGAAGGGGGCCAAGAAGAUGAAGAAGCGGAAGAAAAAACAGGGUGGCUGGUGGCUGGGCACCCAGGUGGGUGGCAAGGCUGGGCUGUUGGGCUCCUGUGCCAGCGAGGAUGAGGUGCCGCCUCUCCAGGGAUGGCGGCUGAAGCGGAAAGGGGAGAAGGAGUUCCGGGAAGAUGCUGGAGGCUUCGCCUCACAGGAGGACCUCUCAGUCGAGGCCUUGAAGCGCUUGGACUUGCAGAAGCUGAGGAACCGUGUGGCAGCGCCGAGCGCGGCCUGUGGGAAGUAUUUUGGCCACUUUUGCGCCCUGCUCCACCUAGAGUACUUUGUGGAGGUGGCCGCUCUACGUCGGCGCACCUCCAAGCGUUCCGGUGAGGAGUUGCAGCGCGGGGGGUGGGCGCUGGUGAACUUGCAAGCCAUGGACAUCUCCAAGGGCAAGGGCAAAGGGAAGGAGAAAGGCAAGGGUCGCGACAGCGGUUUUCAGAUCACCCUGAUGAUGCCCAAGUCUCCCAAGAUCGACAUUGAUCGCUUGCGCUUCAAGCGUGGGGACAGUGUGAUCCUCUCCGGAACGCACCCCCUCAAAGACCGCGUGGGCGAGGGUCAGUUGCAAGAGCUGAAUCCUUCGGUGCUCGUCAUCGCCGUGGAGGGCGCCUCCUUCGUCCCAUCGAAGGGCCGUGCCUAUCGCGUGGACAAGGGCAGCAAUCGCCUCAGCUAUACUCGCCAGAUGAGCUCCUUGGUGACGCUUUGCAAGGAGGGCGGAGCUGAUCGCCCCAAGAUCUUUGAGCUCAUCACCCGCGCCAACGUGGGAGACGUGGAUGCCUGGACUGCCCAUUGGACCGAUCCUUUGACGACGGCGAAGACGACGGCGAAGACGACGGCGAAGGUUUCGGAUGGGCUGUGGGUGGAGGGGCAGAAGGUGCGGCUGUGCGGGCUGAAGGCGGAGGCGCUGAAUGGACAAGAAGGCGAACUGGUGGCCGUUGAUGGCCGGGUGCUUGCCUCCGGGUCGGUGCCGCCGCGCGCGCAUGUAAAGCUGAAGGAUGGGGUGAAGGCGGUGCAGGUCGUUCACUUGGAGAAGGUGGACGCGCAGGCCGCGUUUGUCCCUGCAGCCAUCGCUUCAGCCUCAGUGGAGUUGGCAGCAGAGGCGCUGCCGGCGGACGCAGAGAAGCUGUCCAAGUGUCAGGAGGAGCUCGCGGCGCUCAGUUGCACCGACGCGCAGAAGCGCGCGAUCGGUGCGACCUUCCAGCGACGCUGCACGAUGAUCCAGGGACCUCCAGGUACUGGAAAGACCUUCACCGCCGUCGAGGUGUUGCGUUCCUGGGCGCAGCUGGGACUGAAGCCGCUGCUGGCGGUGGCCGAUGGGAACAUCGCGGUCGACAACAUUGCAGCUGGCCUUGCAAAGUAUGGCAUGAAAGUGAAGACGGUGCGGGUGGGGCGGCCUGAGAAGAUCCGACCCGAGCUGGAGGAGAUCACCCUGGACAACCAGUGCAAGGUCCUGAAGCAGCAGAUCCAGGAGAAGAAGGCUUCGGACGAGCGCUUGGCCACCCGCACCUCGCUGGAACAGCUGCCGGUGGGAGAUCUGAAGGUCAAGGCCUUGGACUUGGAUGCACGUUUAGACCUGACGCCUGAGGGAACAGGACUCACCGCAGCCUCUGCGCUGGACAGGGUGCUGAACGCCAUGGUGGAGGCCGAGGCCGCGCGGAAGGAGGAGGCCAAGGUGGCCGAGCGCGCCGCCCGAUCUCCGGCAGAGGUGGAAGCAGAGGAAAGGAGAUUGAAGCUGCAGACUAGAAAAGAAGACGCUGCUAUCCAAAUGGAGGUCCUGCAAGGUGCAGACAUCCUUUGUGCCCAGCUGAUCACUGCGGGCGGCAAUCUAUUCACGAAGUUUGGUGCUUUCAAGGGCAUUCUGAUCGAUGAAAUUGCACAGGCCACGGAGCUGGUGUCAAUUGUCCCGAUCGUACAGCGCGCCUGCGAGCGUUUGGUCUUAGCAGGAGACCAUUGUCAGCUGCCUCCCACGGUGCAAUCGCCCGAGGCGGAGCGACGAGGGCUGACUUUGUCGCUCUAUGGGAGGCUGGUGAAGGAGGGUUUGGAGCCCUACUUCCUGGAUACCCAGUUUCGCGCGCAUCCCAAGCUCAUGGAAUGGGUGGCCGGCAGCAUCUACGAGGGCCGCCUGCAGAGUGGCAUCCUUGAGGCCGCCCGGCCUCCGCUCAAGGGCUUCGAGUGGCCGAAGAAGAAGGUGCCCGUGGCCUUUGUGGAGAUGGGCCGCUGGGCGGGAGAGUCCGUCGAGUAUGAGUCCAAGAUGAACCAGGCCGAAGCAGAGCGUGUUUUGCAGAUCAUUGAGUCAGUGUUGGAAGCGGGGUGCUCCGCGGAAGAUGUCGGUGUGAUCACGCCCUACAUGGCUCAAGUCCGCUUGCUGCGAAUGCUUUGGCGGAACCGCUGUCAGGAGAAAGGCAAGAAGAAAAAGCAGCCUCGCACCUUGGAAAUCGCAAGCGUUGACAACUUCCAAGGCCGAGAGAAGGAACUCAUUGUCUUCUCGGCGGUGAGGAACAACCCUGCCGGCCGAGUGGGCUUUUUGGCCGACUGGCGCCGGCUCAACGUGAUGCUCACCCGGGCGCGCCGGGGGCUCAUUGUGGUGGGGAACGGCUUUACUUUGAGGAAGGACCCCUAUUGGCAGAAGUGGCUGGAAUGGUGCGAAUCGCAUGGCGUUGUGGUGGACAAGCAGGCGUGGCAUGCGGUGCUGCGUGCCGCCAAGACGAGCGCGUGCAAGCGGGUGAAGGGGCUCCUACAUCACCUCUUUGAGUUCGAGCAGGCACCCAAAACAGAGAAGGCCUUCCGGCGCUUUGCGACCGCCAACCUGGCCGAGCAGCUGCAGGCUGCAGACGACUUGGACUUGCUUUGGGAGGCCGUCUCUGCAGGUCUCGAAGAGGUGGAGGCGCAGCGCGUGCGCCACAUCGCAGAGGACGAACGGGCCAAGGCGCUCACUGCAGUAGUGUCUGCCAAAGUGGAGGAGCUGCCUUCCUACCAGGACCUUGCGGAACCAGAGCCCAGCCAAAGAAGCUGGCGUAGCUGGACUUUUGCAGCUCAGGAGUUGCUGUGGACUCGGGCGGAGCCGCGACGCUGGGAGGACUUGCGGGUUCAACUGCUCGGCUACUACCGGGCCUAUUUAGAGGCCGCCGGCGAGAGCGACGCACGCAGCAAGAAGCAGAUCUUCGGCGAGAUGCGCGAGUCCUUGCCGGCCUCCUGGUUUCGAGGAUCCGAUCCGCUGGAGGUGUACCUGACUCCUGCAGAGCGGCAGCGGGCAGCCCGUGAGGUCUGGAAGGCCAACCGUGAGGAUGGGCUUCGUGGCUUCCAGCGCUGGAAGGAGCUGCCUUGGACCGAGGCAGACUUUGCUGAGGAAGAGUUAGGGGUUGAGUGGUCAGCCCAGGACGCCAGUGCCAUGGACCAGUCGCCGAGGCUGAAGACACGGAAGAGGACCCGCGCCAAGAACGAGAGCGAAACCAAAGGCGCGUCCUCGGCGUCCACCGCCCCACCCGCCACGGGCGCCACGGGGAUCGGAGAGGCCACGUCCAACAAGAAGGCCAAAGCCCCCAAAGCAGAGGCUGGGCCCAAGCGAAAGGUCCGAAAGAGGAAGUGA